AUGCAUCUCCUUCCGCGGGAGCGCGACAAGCUCCUGCUCCACCACGCUGGCUCCUUGGCGCAAAAACGUCUCGCCCGCGGUCUGCGUCUCAACCAAACCGAGGCUACCGCGCUCAUCGCCUCUGUGCUGCAGGAGCGUAUUCGCGAUGGCGAACAUUCGGUCGCGGAGCUGAUGCAGCAUGGCAAGACGCUGCUUGGGCGGAUCCACGUGCUGCCUGGGGUCGCAGAGCUGCUGCACGAGGUGAUGGUCGAAGGGACGUUUCCGGACGGCACGUUCUUGGUGACGGUCCACCAGCCGGUGUGUACGGAGGACGGCGACGUGGUCGCUGCGCUGUACUCGAGUUUUUACCCGGCGCCAGACGCGAGUGUCUUCAGAGAGCAGGCGGAGAGGGACGCAGGGGCGAAGGUUGUGGGAAGGGCGAGGGCCGAGGACGUGCUCCCGGGGGCCAUGGUGACGAAAGUCGGAGCGGGACCCAUUGUUCUGUGCCCAAAGAGGGAGAGGGUGACGGUGCAAGUGACCAACACAGGAGACAGACCGAUUCAGGUCGGGUCGCACUAUCCGUUCUUGGAGACCAACGCCGCGCUGUCGUUCCCAAGGCUGCUGGCCCUGGGGAAGAGGUUGGACAUUGCCGCGGGUACGGCGAUCAGGUUCGAACCGGGAGACUCGAAGGCCGUAACGCUUGUCCAGGUCGGAGGGACCAAGAUCCUCGCUGGUGGCAACAAUCUUGCUGCUGGCCCACUGGACGAGUUCCUCGCUUCGAACGAGUCCAAGUCCGCACUCGUGAAGCGAAUCGAAGCAGCAGGCUUUGCCAACGAGCCCGCCCCGCAUAUGGCCGACGACACCCCACCGGCACCGCUGCAGCUCUCCCGCGACGCCUACGCCGCGCUCUACGGUCCGACGGUGGGCGACAAGGUGCGGCUAGCAGACAGCCCGCUCUGGCUCGAAGUCGAGAAGGACUACACGGUGUAUGGCGACGAGCUCAAGUUUGGCGGCGGCAAGGUGCUGCGCGAUGGCAUGGGCCAAGCGUCCGGUCGGGCUGACAGCGCCGUACUCGACGUGGUGAUCAUCAAUGCGCUGAUUGUGGACUGGUGGGGCAUCGUCAAGGCGGACAUUGGUAUCAGGAACGGGCACAUUGUGGGAAUCGGCAAAGCAGGCAACCCGGCUAUCAUGGACGGCGUCGACCCCAACCUCGUCGUCGGCUCGUGUACCGAAGUCAUCGCGGGCGAAAAGUACAUCGUCACGGCCGGUGCGAUCGACGCGCACGUGCACUACAUCUGUCCCGAUCUGCACGAGGAGGCGCUCGCUACGGGCAUCACCACCCUCAUCGGUGGUGGUACGGGUCCCACAGCCGGCACGAGCGCCACCACCUGCACACCCGGUCAGGACCAACUGCGAAACAUGAUGAUCGCAACGGACAACGUGCCCCUCAACUUUGCCUUCACCGGUAAGGGCAACGAUUCCGGCCUUCCCGGGCUAGAGGACCAGAUCCGCGCCGGUUGUGCGGGACUCAAGAUCCACGAGGACUGGGGAGCGACGCCGGCGGUGAUCGACGCCUGCCUCACCGCGUGCGACAAGUACGACGUGCAGUGCAACAUCCACACGGACACGCUCAACGAGUCGUGCUUUGUCGAGGGCACGCUCGCCGCUUUCAAAGGGCGCACCAUCCACACGUAUCACUCCGAGGGUGCCGGUGGUGGGCAUGCUCCCGAUAUCAUCAGGGUGUGUGGCGAGGAAAACGUGCUGCCAUCUUCGACGAAUCCGACGAGACCGUAUGCGAGAAACACCCUCGACGAACACCUCGACAUGCUCAUGGUGUGCCACCACCUUUCGAAGGACAUUGCAGAAGACGUCGCCUUUGCGGACUCCCGAAUCCGUGCUGAGACGGUCGCUGCCGAAGACGUGCUCCAGGACAGCGGAGCGAUCUCGAUGAUCAGCUCCGACUCCCAGGCCAUGGGUCGGAUUGGCGAAGUUGUCGCUCGCACCUGGCGAACCGCGUCGAAAAUGGCUAGCCUUGUCGGACCGCUCCCCUCGACGGGCACCAUCCCGCAUCCCAGCCAGGCGGUGCCCGACAACCUCCGCAUCAAACGCUACGUGGCCAAGUACACGAUCAACCCCGCCCUCGUACACGGCAUCUCGCACCUCGUCGGCUCGAUCGAACCUGGCAAGCUGGCGGAUCUUUCCUUCUAUCUACCGAGCAAAUUUGGUAUCUGCCCCGAAUUCGUGCUCAAAGGAGGCCAGGUGGCGUGGGCCCAAAUGGGCGAUGCUAACGCAUCCAUCCCCACCGUCCAACCCAUCUACGGUCGCCCUAUGCACGGCGCCAAUCCCGGAGCCGCCCCACACAACUCCAUCCUCUUCGUGAGUCAGGUCAGUGUCAAAGAAGGCAUCGUCAAGGCGUACGGCGUGAAGAAGAGAAUAGAGGGGGUGAAAGGAUGUAGGACUGUGGGAAAGAAGGAUAUGAAGCUCAACACGCAUACGCCAGAUCUGCAAGUCGAUCCCGAGACGUACGAGGUGACCGAUGGAGGAAAACUGCUCACCGUCCCACCCGCGGACGAGCUACCCAUGACACAGAGUCUGCAUUUGUUUUGA